ACACACCUUAAUCCUCACCUGGGCAGGGAGCUGCUGGCCUCUCACAGUCAGACAGUGCUGGGGGGAGAGGAGAGGACACAGGGUGCAGCACCAUGGACAAGGAGGCUCCUUCCCCAUGGGACAUGGGGCUCCUCAGGACCUUUGACUCCAAGGAGUUCUGUGGGUGGGAGAAGAUCGGGUCUGGGGGCUUUGGUCAGGUUUAUAAAGUCAAACAUGUUCCCUGGAAGACGUGGCUGGCCAUCAAGUGUCCCCCCAGCCUGCAUGUGGAUGAGAAAGAACGCAUCGAGCUGGUUGAGGAGGCCAAGAAGAUGGAGAGGGCCAAAUUUCGCUGCAUCCUACCGGUGUAUGGCAUCUGCAGCGACCCAGUUGGUCUGGUCAUGGAAUAUAUGGAGACCGGAUCUCUGGAGAAGCUCUUGGCUUCUGAGCGCUUGCCGUGGGAUUUAAGGUUUCGGAUCAUUCAUGAGACUGCAGUAGGGAUGAACUUUCUUCAUUGCAUGAGCCCACCACUGCUUCACCUGGACUUGAAGCCUGCGAAUAUCCUGCUUGAUGGGCAUUACCAUGUCAAGAUCUCAGAUUUUGGGCUCGCGAAGUGGAACGGCCUGUCUAAUUCUCAUGAGCUGAGCUUGGAUGGGAUCUGCGGCACCAUUGCCUAUCUCCCACCAGAGCGUUUCAAGGAGAAGAACCGGAGCUUUGACACCAAGCAUGACGUCUACAGUUUUGCAGUCGUCAUUUGGGGACUCCUCACACAGCAGAAACCCUUUGCAGAGGAGAAAAACAUUCUGCAUAUUAUGGUGAAAGUUGGAGGGGGUCUGCGGCCGGACCUAUCGCACAUCCCAAGAUCCCGACCCCCGCAGUGUGAGGAGAUGAUCAAACUGAUGCAGCAAUGCUGGCACGACAAGCCUGCCAGGCGACCUACAUUUCAAGAAAUUGCCUCCGAGACGGAGCUACUGUGUACAAAACAUGAGAAUGACACCAGUCCUGUUCCUUGCCCGGACGCUAUGGAAAAUGUUGGCACAGGAAGUAAACAAGAGAAUUUGGCCAAGCGGUCAGAACGCGAAUGCCCCACUCCCGUGUUUGAUAAAGACUACAGCCUUUCCGAACUGCUCUCCCAGCUGGAUUCCGGGAUCUCGCAAACCAUGGAAGGACCUGAGAGCCUCUGCCACAGUGUUUCCGAGCCAGAGCUGGCGACCAGCGACAAACGCCUCUCCGGAAUCUCCUCUGACUCCGCCUUCUCAUCCAGAGGCUCCCUAUCCCUCUCCUUCGAUAAAGAUUGUUCAGUAGCUGACCUUAGCACCACGGAGAUCCAGAAGAAGAAGCUGAUUGAUGCCAUUGUGGCCGGAGACAAUGCAAAGCUGCUGAAAAUUCUGCAGCCUCAAGAUGUGGAAUUGGUGUUGGAUGGGAGGUCCAGUCUCCUUCACCUGGCUGUGGAGGCCGGGCAGGAGGAGUGCGUCAAGUUGCUGCUUCUCUACAAUGCCAACCCCAACAUGACCAACUUGAAGGGCUCUACACCACUCCACAUUGCUGCAGAGAAGAAGCUGAAAGGCAUCGUGGAACUUCUCCUGUCUAAGAAGAUCAACAUCAGUGCCAAGGACGAAGACCACUUCACCGCUCUUCACUUUUCCGCCCAAAACGGUGAUGAGUCCAUUACUCGAGUCCUCCUGGAGAAGAACGCCUCCAUGAGCGAAGUUGACAGUAAAGGCAGAACACCUCUUCACAUCGCUUGCCAACACGGCCAGGAAACAAUCGUCCGUCUUUUUCUCCGGCGAGGUGCCGAUAUUACCAUUAAGGGACUGGACAACUGGGUGUCCCUGCAUUACGCUGCCUGGCAGGGGCACUUAAAUAUCGUCAGGCUUUUGGCAAAGCAGUAUAAGGCUGACCUGAACUCCCAGACCUCUGAUGGCAGAACCCCCUUGCAUCUCGCUGCACAAAGAGGGCAUUACAGAGUGGCUCGGACCCUCGUGGAGCUCGGCUGUGACGUGGACAUUCCAAACGUGCACUUGAAAACCCCUCUGCACAUUGCGGCUGAGACUGGCCACACCAGCACUGCGCGACUGCUCGUCCACCACAGGGCUAAGACUAAUGCCACCACGGUAGAUGGCUACACGGCUCUAGAUCUAGCCAGCCACCACAAGCAUUACUCUGCUAUUAAGCUUUUGAUGGAUGAAAGAUCGAAUGGUCAGGAGGAGGUGGUCUUUUUUGUGGAGAGUGUUUAACACAACAAUUCUAGUCUAUUGAAGCCAAGCCUGUGUUUCUCAAGUCCUUUGAGUGGAUGGAUGUUUUUAUGGCCCUCACCGGUUUCAGUUAUGUGAUGGACCUUACUGCAAAUGUCUUAAAUUGGUUUCUGUGGCAACAUGUCUCACUUAUCGCACACACGUGGAACUUCCAAAGAUUCCUACAGUUUUCCUUCUGUUGCAGCUGUCAAAUGCUUCCUGGGGUUUUUAAUUCCAUAAAGAGGGAACCCUGUCUAAAAUAAGACUUUACCAAGGACAUAAUUACCUCAUUAAUUUUAAUGAUUACAGUCCUGUUCUUGGAGUAUAUUUCAUUUCAUUUUGUUUGAAACAUUUCUGCAUAGUUCAAUUUUUUUUUUUUUUACAAGAUUUGCUGGUCUCAACCUUGGAUUAAGGGUCGUGGAUUACUCUCACUGUUAGUUGUGGUAUUUGUACACUGAUAUUGGUGGAGCUAUAAGAAACCAUGGAGAGAGAGAGAGAGUGGAGAAGUUGCUCAAAGCAUCUAAUUAGCUUCUAAGGGGGCUAUUUACUAAGCCGUGGACGGAGAUAAAGUUCCAGCCAAUCGGCUCCUAACUGCCAUGUAACUGGGUUUGAAAAAAUGACAGCUAGGAACUGGUUGGCUGGUACUUCAUCUCCGUCCACAUAAUCUCCAUCCAAGGCUUAAUAAAUAGACCCCACAGCAAGUGUAAUUUAUCUUGCAUAAUGGGUGUUUGAAUUGGCAAAAUCUGAUUUGUUGCUUUGGUCUUCUCCACUUUGUCUCUCUCCAAGGAGUACAUGGUACAUCCCCCCCCCCCCCCCCCAUAGUCACACAAAUUAUAGCAAGAAAAUAAGUAACUAUGUAUGUAUACAUGUAGGAUCAAUGAUCCCUUUCUUACGUGGUUUUUAUCAUGUAUUUUUUUUUUUGUAAACUUUUUUAAUUUUUUAAAUCUAUUAGAAGAUGAAUAAUUGGUAACGUGGAACUACAACCACAAAGCUACUUGUGUUUGACACCGCACCGCUCCGUUUUCUAUGACUGCUUGUUUUGUUUUUUGUUUUUCACUUUGGGUCAAACGGUAAAAGCACUUUUCUGGAAAUAUGCUGAUGUUUGUAGAUCUGCACUCCAUGGUGUUAAGUACAUAGGUUUCCCAAUUUUUUGUGAACUUCAUUAAUUGGCUUAUUCAGGUCUUUUUCCAGGAUACAAAAUAUUCUUUCUGGUCUCCUCCUUGUUUUUUUUCCAAAAGCUCAUUUAUACCUUCCAGACAGAGUGGUUUGUUUGUGUAGGCCUUGGAUACAACACGAUUGUGUCCGGCCUGAGUCUCUGUUGUAUCGAAGGUCAACUGCAUGAACUGCAACUGCAAUAUACAAACACUUAUUGCAACAGCACAGGAACAAGAAAAUCACUAUCUGUAACAGAUGCAGGAAUUCACUUAAAAGACCAUGUACUGUAUUACCUGAUGGUGGAAAACACAUUUAAGAAGCCUGGGGCCGUCUGUAAUAGCGUGCAGGUGGCGGCCGCAUUCCAGCCGGUAAUGAUGACCAACUGGUUAAGGAAAGUUGUCACAUUUCUCAGUGACAAGUUCCAGGGCAGUUCCGGUCAAUAGGUCGUAAUCAAUUGGUCGACACAAAUAUAUCCACAUGAUUUUUUUAUUUUUUAUUUGGGGGGGGGGGUUUCUACUAAUUUUUCUUACUUUACCAUCCACUUGUUCUAUGAUUGGGAACGGAAGCAUGGCAAGCAAAUCGUUACACUAAUUGGGGUUCCAUGUGCUGAAACCUACAAAUUGACACCAGGAAACCUAAAAAGAACUUGUGUCGACCUUUUUAUGUGUCCAUCAUUUACAAGGCAUGGUUUUGCCCUAUGAAUGAUUGCCACUUUAUCCACUUGACUGACAAUUUCCCCCCCCCCCCCCAAAAAACGCUCUGAAAUUGUAGUUUUUUUUCAGGAGUGAAUUAAGUGAAGAACAUUAAUUUAACCCUAUCCAAAAUGA